AAUGGUGCAAGGAGCAUCCACACGGCGGCCAGGUAUGGACAUGUCGGCAUUAUCAACACCCUGUUACAGAAGGGCGAGAAGGUCGACGUCACGACCAGUGAUAACUACACUCCCCUGCACAUAGCGGUAGAGUCUUGUAAACCGGCGGUGGUGGAAACUCUUCUGGGCUACGGAGCAGAUGUUCAUGUCAGAGGAGGCAAGAACAAAGAAACGCCACUGCACAUAGCAGCGAGGGUGAAGGACGGAGAGAAGUGUGCGCUGAUGCUGCUGAAGUCUGGAGCGGGCCCGAACCUGACUACGGAUGACAAGCAGACUCCUGUACACGUGGCUGCUAGCAACGGUAACCUGGCAACACUGCUGCUGCUGCUGGAAGAUGGUGGUGACCCCAUGUUCCAGUCUAAGAAAGGGGAGACGCCGCUACAUCUGGCAUGUGCCAACUGUCACGCAGACGAGGUUCGGCACCUGCUGUCCUUCGUCAAGUCUCACCAUGGUCCCGAGAUGAGCUCGCAGUUCGUCAACUCAGUGAACGAGGACGGAGCGACAGCUCUGCACUACGCGGGCCAGAUCACGAAGACCGAGAUAGCGCUUAGAGACAACCCCACAGAGGACAAAGAGGUCGUGAGGCUUCUGUUGGAGGCUCAAGCUGACGUUAACAUACAAACGCACAAGAUGAUGGAGUCGGUGUUCCACUACAUCGCAGUGACGGGGAAUAACGAUACACUGCUGGAGAUGCUCGCCCAUAUGAACGCGACCGAAGCGCAGAAGGCGCUGAACCGCCAGAACGCGGUGGGCUGGACACCUCUGCUCAUCGCUUGCCACCAAGGGCACAUGGAGAUGGUCACAACCCUCCUGGCCAACCACGCCAGGGUGGAUGUCUUUGACAACGAGGGCAGAUCUGCUCUGCAUCUAGCUGCUGAUCAGGGAUACCUUCAGGUGUGUGAUGCCUUAUUGACGAACAAAGCGUUUAUUAACAGCAAGUCGAGGGUUGGUAAGACAGCGUUACAUCUGGCGGCUACCAAGGGAUUUGCUAAUCUUUGCAAGUUCCUUAUCCAAGAUCACAACGCUACCAUCGAUGUGCUGACCCUGAGGAAGCAGACUCCUCUGCACCUCGCGGCGGCAGCAGGUCAGCUGGAGGUUUGUCGUCUGCUGCUGGAGCUGGGGGCCAGCAUUGACGCCACGGAUGACCAAGGACAGAAGCCCAUUCAUGCGGCUGCGCAGAACAAUUUCCCGGAAGUCGCCCAACUCUUCCUGCAACAACACCCCAGCUUGGUCAUGGCUUGUACCAAGGACGGCAACACCUGUGCGCACAUAGCAGCGAUGCAAGGCUCGGUGAGGGUGAUCGAGGAGCUGAUGAAGUUUGACCGCACGGGAGUGAUCUCUGCCCGUAACAGGGUGACAGAGGCCACCCCACUCCAGCUGGCCGCGGAGGGUGGACAUGCAGACGUGGUCAAAGUCUUGGUGCGGGCAGGUGCCUCGUGCACUGAUGAGAACAAGGCUGGGUUCACAGCCGUCCAUCUCGCAGCCCAAAACGGCCACGGGCAGGUGUUGGAAGUCAUGAAGUCUUCCCAGUCCCUCAGGGUGUCCAGCAAGAAGUUGGGAGUCACAGCUUUGCAUGUCGCUGCAUACUUUGGACAGGCUGACACAGUGCGGGAACUGCUGGCCAGUGUCCCCGCCACUGUCAAGUCUGACCCACCGACAGGAGCCAGCCUGGUGGGAGAGCUGGGUAACGAGUCCGGCAUGACAUCUCUGCACUUUGCCGCUUACUCGGGGAACGAGAACGUGGUGCGGUUACUGCUUAACUCCGUUGGAGUUCAGGUCGACGCUGCGACUUCAGAGAAUGGUUAUAACCCACUUCACCUGGCGUGUUUCGGUGGACACAUCACUGUAGUGGGCCUGCUGCUGAGUAGAUCAGCUGACCUGCUACACAGUCCUGACCGUCACGGGAAGACUGGGCUACACAUCGCUGCCACCCACGGUCACUAUCAGAUGGUUGAGGUGCUGCUCGGGCAAGGCGCAGAGAUCAAUGCCACUGACAAGAAUGGCUGGACUCCUCUGCAUUGCGCCGCGAGGGCUGGCUGUUUCGAUGUAGUGCGUCUUCUCGUGGAGUCUGGUGCCUCUCCCAAGUCUGAAACCAACUACGGAUCAGCGCCCAUCUGGUUUGCGGCCCAGGAAGGUCACAAUGAUGUCCUUGAGUAUCUCCUGACCAAAGAGCAUGACACGUAUAACCUUAUGGAAGAUCGGAGGUUUGUCUACAACCUGAUGGUCUGCAGCAAGAAAAACAAUGACAAGCCAAUGCAAGAGUUCAUUCUUGUUUCACCAGCUCCAGUCGAUACAGCCGCCAAGCUCUCUAGUAUCUACAUGAAUCUGUCUAACAAGGAGAAAGAGAGAGCGAAAGACUUGAUAUCGGCAGGUCAGUUCUGUGAAGGAAUGGCGACUGAACUGCUAGCACUGGCAGCAGGAGUAGACUCCGCGGGUAGGAUUCUGACGGCGACAGACCGACGGAAUAUGGAGUUCCUCGACGUACUCAUAGAGAAUGAGCAAAAAGAAGUGAUUGCUCACACUGUGGUACAACGAUACCUACAGGAACUGUGGCAAGGCAGCCUGGGUUGGGCAGCAUGGAAGACCAUGCUGUUAUUCAUCACCUUCAUCAUAUGUCCUCCGGUCUGGAUUUACUUCACGCUCUCUCUCGGCCACAAGUACAACAAGAUCCCCAUCAUCAAGUUCAUGUCGUACUUGACGUCCCAUGUGCACCUCAUGAUCCUGCUGAUGUUGGUGGGCAUCACGCCGAUCUACCAGGUGGUCCGACCCACCCUCAACCCGUACUGGUACGAGUGGACUCUCCUGGUUUGGCUCUCCGGACUGCUGCUGUCCGAACUGACAAACCCGAGUGAUAAGAGUGGCCUCGGCUGGAUUAAACUGACAGUGUUACUUUUCGGAAUAUUCGGAGUGGCUUUGCACUUACUGGGUUACCUAAUAGAAAGGCUAUACUGGCCCACGCUGAUGUACCUCAGGAACCAAUUGUUUGCCGUUUCGUUUCUACUCGCUUGUGUACAGAUUCUAGACUUCUUAUCGUUCCAUUAUCUGUUCGGACCCUGGGCCAUCAUCAUCGGUAAUCUGAUGAAGGACCUGGCCCGGUUUCUGGCUGUGCUCGGGAUAUUUAUUUUCGGUUUCGCGAUGCACAUUGUCGCCCUCAACCAACCCUUCAAGAACCAAACGCCGGAAGAGAUUCGGGCGGGGCAACACAACCAUAAGUACGUCCCUCCCACUUAUGGGAUCUUCGCUGAGGUAAGGUUAAAUCCAAUGUCAGCACUGGAGUUCUUGUUCUUCGCGGUUUUUGGCCAGACAACCCCGGACAACCUCAAAGUCAAGGACACCUCACAGCCUGAGUGGACUCUGUACCUUUUCAAGUUUGUGUUCGGGAUCUACAUGUUGGUCUCGGUGGUAGUGCUCAUCAAUCUGCUCAUCGCUAUGAUGAGCGAUACCUAUCAGAGGAUACAGGCCCAGUCAGAUAUUGAGUGGAAGUAUGGUCUGGCAAAGCUAAUCAGAAACAUGCACAGAACCACUACCACACCUUCCCCCAUCAACCUCAUCACCAACGUGCUCAUGUACCUGCUCAGGAUAUGUAAACACAAGA